GACAAGGUCGGGGGGAUUUUAAGCCUUUGCCUGCCACAGUCCCAGUCCAGACGAGUCUCCUGUGGCUGCUGCUUGGCUCGGGAGGAAAGCUGGGAGGGUUUUUGUGCUAACAGGAGAUUGUGUCCCCAGGGCACUUUCCAGACAAGACCCUACAAUGGGGUCAGGACGCAUCUCGGAAGUGUCCUCCGCACUUCCGGGGCCGUGACAUUGCAGUCCCUACGGGGACAGCAGGGCACCGUUCACAUCUCCAAUGCCUUGUUGUGAAUUGAAUCGCUGCAAUACAGAGCAGGGACGUCGUUUAUCCGGUGUGAAAAAGUUGCUGGGUUUUGGGGUUGUUAUUUAUUUAUUUAUUCGAUUGCUAUACCGCCCUUCUCAAAAAUGGCUCAGGGCAUUUUUGCCCUAGUUGCUGUGAGACUGCUCCCCCUACUGUUUAUGGUCCGGAUGCGACUUGCCCGAACGGAGGCAUUUUGCUGCUGUCCAGAUUUUAUCUCUAGAGACUCUGGAGACUCUGGAAAAGGAGCUGAAUCCUGAAGAAUGACCACUCUAGCAAUUCUGGUGGAUAAAAACAAAACCUGAAUCAUGCAUCCCCAAGAGGCAAAAACAGGAACAGUGGUUUACGAUGGACACUUGAAGCCUAUAUUCACCCAGCAGCUGCAUUAUGAAGCUGUCAGUUCUUGGUGCCUCAGGCCAAACCGGCCAGUUUUUGGUCAAGCAAGCAUUAGAGCAAGGCCAUGAGGUGACUGCACUGGUUCGAAAUGUUGCCAAAUUGCCGAUUCAGCACCAAAAUCUGAAGGUGGUGGAAACAGACAUCUUCUCAGCAGAUCAGCUGUCAGAGCAUUUCCAAGGCCAAGAUGCCAUCCUUUCUUGCUUAGGCUUCCCAUACCGGAUAUUCUCAAGUAUUUCAGGAUAUACGGAUUCAAUGAAAGCCAUUACCGCUGCAGGACGCCGAUCCAAUGUGAAACAUAUCAUUGUCAUGACAUCAUGGUUUACUGCGCCGGAAUCUGGUCAGAAUGCUUCCAUACUUGUGCGUUUUCUCCUCCUGCCGCUCAUCAGAAGUGUACUUACAAACAUGUACCAGAUGGAAAAUUACUUAAAGGAGGAAUGCAGCGACCUCAACUGGACUGUAGUGAGGCCACCAGGACUUCAAAAUGUUCCUGCCACAGACAAGGAAAUCCUAACUCAUGAAGGCUAUUUUGUUCCGGAUCCAAAUGGCUACCCAGCUACAAACUCCGUUGCCAGAGGGGAUGUGGCACGUUUCAUGCUGUCUCUUCUCAAGACAAAUGAGUGGACACGGAGAGGGGUAGCAAUGUGCACAAUGUAAAAUGCUACGUCUUUUGGAGGAGCAACAUACGGUGGGAUUCUCAGGUUGGACAUAAGACAGCAACAUAUAAGCUUCCAUUAAAAAAAAAACACAGCAUGGA